AUGGUUCUGGUGAUAAUUAUUACUUACUUGCUAAUGAGAAAUAGGGAAAAAGAGAUAAAUGGUUUGAAGGAUAAACCAGCAGAUCAGCAGAAAAUUGAUGAAUUAAUAAAAUUAGUAGAAAAGCAAAACCAGGCAAUUAAAAAAUAUGGAGAUGAAUCCGCGAAGUAUACAGGCAAUGAUAAUACGAAUUUUACUGAUAAGACAAUAACGCAAAUAACGAAUCAAGACUUAAUAGAUAAAGGAAUCACAACGCCAGGUGGGUUGACAGGACCGUUAAAACUUGUAGGCUUUACCAAAUUGAAAAAAAUUGAAAUAAAUGAUAGGAUGAGUGGCGCUCCUGAUAAUUUAGAUAAUGAUUUAACAGAAUUGACUAUUGUUAACUGCCCAGAAUUGGAAGAAAUUGAUGUUAGAAGCAAUAAACUUACUAAAUUAGAUAUUACUAAAAUAAAAACUGAUAACGGUGGUGAUGAUGGCGGAAUAGAUAGGUUAGGUGACCUUGGUGGAGCCGUGAUUGAAAGUGGACUAACUAGACACAUUGUUCCUGAGAAAUUAGAUUAUUACAAAGAUGUGGUACGAGUAGUGAGGGAAGUAUUGGGCAUGGGUCCAAAUGACAGCGUGGCAGCCAUUUUGUCCGAUUUAAAAGAUAAAAUAGUAGCUGGGGCCAGUCCCCAAUUACAAACUAAAUUGGAUCAAGCCGAGCAAGAACGGGAUGCCGCCAAUGCUAAAUUAGACGCCCAAAAAGAUUAUGAUACUAUUAAGAAUGAACGCGACCAAUUAAAACAGCAAUUAGAGGCCAUAAAAACUGAAUUAGGUUUAAAAAAUGAUGCUACUCAGCAGCAAAUUAUUGAUAAAAUAAAAGAAUUAAAAGGAAGGCCAACCAAUACCGAUUAUGAUGCUAUUAAAUCCCAACGAGAUAGUUUACAAACCCAAGUAAAUAAUUUACAAAGCAUUACACUUUCUAAUGAGCAAAGACAAAAAAUCCAAACUGCUUCCACUGCUAACGAAGUAGAAACAACGAGAAAUGAAAUAAUCAAGAGUGAAUUUGGUAGAUUAAAAGAUGAAAAUGCCAGUUCUGAUAGGUUAAAUGUUUGUUUGGGGGUAGUAGCAAUUAGUAGUUUAUUAAUUUUGGGCAUCAGAAAAAAAGAUAAAAGCGUGCAAGAAAUAGGAUCAGAGUCCGCAUUAGUGAAUAAUAAUGAGGAAAAUCAGCAAGAAGCAUUAGAACUAAAUAAUAUUACAGAAAACGAAAAUAUGGUAAACCCACGAAAUGUAUUAAUAAUAGGAAUAACUGGUCAUGGCAAGUCUACUUUGGCUAAUGUUUUGGCUGGUGAGGAAAUUUGUAAAGAAAGUGCAGGCGGCACUAGUGAAACUAGAAAAACAAAUUAUUAUGUAAUUGAUAACAUUGGUUUUGAUGAUAAUAGGAGUAGACUGUCCGAAGAAGUUAUCUUAUAUGAAAUAGGUAAAAGUAUUUACGCGGCCAAAGAAGGAAUAGAUCAAGUUUUUUUUGUUUUCAGAGGUAAAUUUUCCCCGGAACAGAUAAAAAACUUUAAGUUAUUUGAAAAACUUAUUUUAGAAAGUGGCAUUACUAAAUUUACCACUUUGGUUCACUCUCAUUUUGAAGAUUUCAGAAAUUCACAGGAAUGUAAAAAAGAUCAAAAAGCACUUCUUAACGAAAGUGCUGUAAUCAGAGAGAUAAUUGAGUCAUGUAAUGGUAUUAUACAUGUUGAUAAUCCGGCAGUGCCUGAAGUAGAUGAGGAUGAUAGUGACAAUGAAGAAGAAAUUAGCAUAAGCGAGGAAAGGAGAAAAGAGUCACGAAAAAAAGUCCUAAACCAUCUAGCCGAAAAUUUAACCAAUUACCUUAAAAAAGAAGAAGAAAUAAAUCAGAGUGAUAGCCUAACAAAGCAAGAAGAGUUGGAAGAAGUAAAAAACAAAGCAAUUACCGAAAUAAAACUUAAACUGGAAAAAGAGUUACCAGCAAUUAAAACUAAAACUAUUCUCCUGAUUGGGAGAACAGGCCGAGGUAAAUCAACCUUGGCCAAUGUAAUUACUAAUACCGAUGAUUUCAAAGAGGGCAAGUUGGGAGUAAGCGAGACAAAGGAAAUUCAGACUAAGGAAUUUAAAAAUGACAAUUUUGAUUAUCUUAUUAUUGAUAAUCCAGGAAUAGGAGAUACCAAAUUACCUACCGAAAAAACAUUAGACACCAUUGCCGAAGCGGUUUAUUUAGUUAGAGAUGGAGUAAAUUACCAAAAUACUACAAUAAUUCGCACUCGUUUUAAAGAUUUUAAAAAAACCAAGAAGCGUGAAGAAGAUAUUGAGUCGAUGAUUAAAGUAGGCGGGGAAUUAGCCGAAAUAAUUAAGUCUUGUGAAAAAAGAGUUAUUCAUAACGAAAGGGAUAAUAAUAACAUAGAAAAGGAAAUUAAAAAUCUGGAAGAUACAAGAAAAGAAUUAAAAGAAGAAAUUGAAGAAAAGGAAAAUAUUAUUCGCCAGAAAGUAUUUGCACACAUUUUUAAUAAUUAUGGGGACAUUGAAAAAGUAUUGGAAAUUAGUGAAAAAUUUGCUAAUAAAAAAUUGAUUUUAGAAGAUAAUAAGCAAUUAACAGCCGAAAAAAUAUUAUCCGUUAACAUUGAACAGUUAAAAAGCGAAUAUCAUCGUCAAUUACAAAGCGAUAACAGGGAAUUAGAAAUCAAACUUAAUUUAAAAGACAAGCAAAAUUGA